CUCUAUUAGAAGCUCAAUGACGGAGCACUUGCACAGAUGAGAGUGAAGUGUCCAGCGAGACUGUAGUGAGAAUGAAGAUCGCACAGGGCGUUGCUAGUGCUUGGGUGUUGUUGUGUUGCUGUGUGGCGCAGUUGGAAGCAUAUCGAAUUCUCUGCAUUUAUCCAAGCUCGGGCCGAUCGCAUGUGAUCGUAGGACAGGCAUUACUGAAGGGAUUGGCAGAGCGUGGACAUGAUGUUACAAUGGUAAGCCCGUUCAAACUCUCGAAACCGGUACCCAACUACCGGGAGAUCGUGGUACAGAAGGUUGAUCUCGGGCAGAUGACGAAAGACUUCCUGCAGAAAAACCAAGGCAACUCGUUUGGUGGCAUUGUGCACCUUUUCCAGACUCAGUUCCAAACGGCCGAGUUGGCGCUGGAAGACCCCAAGUUUCAGGCACUCAAGAAUGAGCAGUUCGAUCUGGUGAUCGUUGGUUUGUUUGUGGCAGAUUUUGUACUGGGACUUGGGCCGCACUUUAACGCACCAACUGUGGUGCUGUUUUCGGCCGGUAUGUCAAAACUGACGGCUGACUUUGUGGGCAACCCGAGAGCUAUUGCAACAGUCCCGCACAUGAUGGUCGGUGGAAAAGGUGCGAUGGAUUUUCUGGGUCGUGUCAAGAAUUUCCUCUUUUCCUGUUUCGAAAACGUAAUCAGCGAGGUUUCCCAGUACGUGCAGACUUCGUACUACGAUCGCCACUUCCCGUCGGAUCGUUACCCGCCGUUCAAGGAUGUGCGACGCAACGUGUCGCUCGUGCUACUCAACACACAUUUCUCGCAGGCAACGCCACGCCCUUACUUGCCAAAUAUGGUCGAGGUCGGCGGGCUACAGAUCAAAGCAAAACCAGACCCACUGCCUGAGGAUAUACGCGAGUGGCUUGACGGAGCGGAGCACGGUGUCGUUUACUUCUGUCUCGGGUCAAAUCUUAAAUCUGCCGAUCUUCCCCAGGCGAAGCUGGACGCGAUUCUGAAGACCUUUGCUCAACUGAAACAACGUGUGCUAUGGAAGUGGGAGAGCGAUAGCAUUCCAAACGCUCCUCCAAAUGUACUUUCGAAAGCGUGGUUGCCCCAGGACGAUGUGCUUGCACAUCCAAACGUAAAGCUGUUCAUCUCUCACGGCGGUCUGGGUGGUAUGGCCGAGGCCAAGUACCACGGAGUGCCAGUGUUGGGCAUACCGAUUUUUGCCGAGCAGUUCCAGAACGUGGACUCCAUGGUGGAGGAAGGCAUUGCAAUGCGGUUAGACUACCAGGAGCUAGACGAUCGAUCAUUUUCGCGUGCCGUCAACAUUAUGGUGCGCGAGCAUCGAUUUGCCGAGCAAGCGAAAGCUAUUUCCGACCUUUACCGUGACCGACCACAGAGCGCCAUGGAUCUUGCUUGCUAUUGGGUAGAGUAUGUCGCACGGCACCGUGGAGCACCACAGUUACACUACCCAGGUGUGGAUAUGAACUUUUUCCAGCGCGAAUCUCUGGAUGUUAUUGCUUUCCUGAUUGUUGUCCUUUACGUUAUUGUAAAAGUGUUUAAAUUUAUAAUAAUAUUCACAUUCCGAAAGCUCUGUAAAUCGUCUCGAAAGACAAAGGUACAAUAAAUAGGGGUUGAAUCU